UGUUCUCUCGCUGCGGAUCCUGUUCUUCGCGAGCGCGCGCGCGCAUUUCUUCGCGCACGGGACUCGGGAGUGCAAACCGGAUUCUCCCCCCGUCGCCAGGAAAUUUAAGACUCGAUUAGACCCAACACAACGCAUCUGCAAACAGGCUGCAACAAUGGCGGGAGGCGAGGAGCAGGACGGCAAGAUCAGGGUGCUCACCGUGGGCUUUGGUGCGCUCGGCGCCCUCUACUCCUUUCUCCUCGAGCGCGGCGGCCAGGCUAGCGUCACGGCGCUCGCGCGCUCAAACUACGACACCGUCGUCGAGCACGGCAUCACCAUCGACUCGAAGAAGUACGGCGUGCACACCGCCUGGCGGCCCUCGAAAGUCGUGCGCUCCGAGGCCGAGGCGAGGGAGGCAGGGCCCUACGACUAUGUCCUGUCGACGUACAAGAUCGUGCCCGAGGUGCGGCCAACGAGCGACGUGCUGAAGCCCAUGCUCGCGCCGCCCGCCAGCGGCACCCGGGGACCCGUGCUCGUCUUUGUCGAGAACGGCAUCGGGAUCGAGGACGAGCCGCACGACACGCUCUGCGUCCGCGAGCGGCUGGCCGCGACGGUGGUGAGCUGCUGCGCCUGGAUCGGGGCCAACCUCGUCGACGGGGGCACGCGCGUCGAGCACGGCCCCGUCGAGACGCUUGAGAUGGGCCUCUUUCCCCGCGCUUCUCCAGGGCCCGACGACGACUGGCGCAGGCAGGCGCUCGACCGGUUCGCGCGCGCAUACAACGCGGGCGAGGGCGUGGCCAACGUCGUCGAGGACGUGCAGCCGGCACGGUGGAAGAAGCUCCUCUGGAACACGGCCUGGGGCGGCCUCUCGACGCUGUCGCGCCAGCCCGUGUCGGUGAUUGUGUCCGACGACAACUGGGCAUACACGUUUCCCGUGGUGCGCAAGAUCAUGCUCGAGGUCCUCUUUGUCGCGCGCGCCUGUGGCCUAGGCGAGGACCGCGUGCCGAGCAGCGUCGUGGACCAGGUCUUUGGCUUCACGGCCGACAGCAGCCCCGUGCGGCUGCGCCAGGGCGCCAAGUCGACGACGACGCUCACCGACUCGUUCAAGCCCUCGCUCCUGCUCGACCUCGAGGCUGGCCGGCCGAUGGAGCUCGAGGCGAUUGUGCACAACGUCGUGCAGCGCGCGCGCUGGCACAACGUCGAGACGCCCCGACUGGACCUCAUGCUCGCCGCGCUGCGCCCUGCCCAGAUGCAGUCUGUCGCACGCGAGAUCGAGCGUCGCGGAGGGGCUGCGACGCCGGCCGCGGCGCCCUCCUCUUCUCAGCACCAGGACCCGUCGCUGCUGCCGUCGGGCAUGCCAGUGGAGUUCUAAGACAGACACGCAGGGGGAAAUAAAAGAAAGAAAGAUGAAAGUGGCAG